UGUCGAAGGUGCACGAAAGGUGUUGCAAAGGUGAGCUAAUGCUAGAGAGCACUCGCAUUGACGUUUACGCGCCGAGAAGCGCGAGCCGGUGUGCAAGGGAGUCGUGAACAAACCGGGACGCAACAGUCGCUCACCAGACUUCGUACUGGAACUAUCGUUGAUGUUAUGGUUUCGUGCUUUCGUGACAUUUCGUGAAUCCAGCUCGGAGUAUUUGUUACAAACAUCAUCCGAGAAAAGAAUAUCGUGGAUCUAAUUAUUGGGUAUCCAAGAUAUUCACGAAGUAGAACACCGGAAGUUGAGCGAUUUAACGGAGAGUACGCCAUAUCUUGUUGCUGAUGGAAUAUACGUAAAACUGGACCAAUAAAAAUGGAAAUUAAAGGAGGAUCAUUGGCAUAAUAGACGACCAUCGGUCGUCAGUUUUUCCUGAAUCGUUUGUACCUGCCUUUAAAGGGAACUUUAUAAUAUAUCAAAGAUGUCAGUUACGGCGUCCACAGAAAGAAUGGACUCGACAAAGGACCUGCCGAAGAAAAAAUUUAUUAACGUCAAUCUUCUGUCAUUAAAGCUUCUACUAUUCCUUUUUUUUGGAGGAAUGGGAUGUCUCUUCCCUUUUCUUCCUCUACACAUGACGAAAAAGGGACUGAGCAUCGAUCAAAUACGAAUGAUCUCUAUAAUUUCGCCAGCAGUCGCGAUCCUCGGACCUUUGGUUGCUGCUCCUAUUGCGGACAAAUUGGCAGGUCAUCAGGGAAGAAACGACAAGUCUUCGACGGGUCGUUACCUCAGGGUGAUGAUUGCAAUUGUCUGCAUCCUCUCUGCCAUAUUCUAUGCUUUUCUUUUACUGAUUCCAACGGUUGACCGCAUUGAAUCUCCAAGCGAAAGGAGACCUGGCCUAAAGUUUAAAUGUGAUCAAACAGGAGCGGUGGUGUUGCAAGAAAGAUGUAAAGACCAUAUUUCUUGUCACAGAUGGUCCGACGAAUCCAAAGUUGGUCCACUGUAUUUAGAGGGGUGCAAUUAUGUUUGCGACUCUAUAGGUUUGGAACGAUGGCAUUCCGAUGAGAAUGAUGGGCCUACCACAUCUGAAACAACUGAUUCUGAUGUUAUUAUUCUAGAUGGUAGUGGUGAAACGACUGUGAUUCCUCUUGAAGGUGAAAUAUAUGCUCAAGUAAAUGUCCAGGAACAACAAGAAGCCAUAAAAACAAGAAGAUUUGCCUUAUCUGAAAGUGAACCACCGCACUUGUGUUUUAAAGAAGGUGAUAAUAUUGUUUGUCAUGUUUACACUAAGUAUUCAGGCAACUUAGCUAUAAACGCCACUCUAAAACAAGCAUCAAACAACGAAAGUGAUCAGGAUUGGUGUAUAUAUCCCUUGACUGAAUAUUUCACUUGUCGUAUACCUCCAGAACUUGAAGUUUCUCAGAGUUGUUCCAUUAAAUGUGACUUGGUUGAUCCAUAUACUCUUCCAGAUAGUGUUCUUAUAGAGAGUCAAUGUCAACGAACAGAAGAUUGGUCUCACCUAGUAUUCUGGACAUACUUAGCUAUUCGAUCAGCCGCUGACGUUUUCCCAACGACGGCUGUAGCUUUAAUCGAUGCAGCAGUCGUAAUAGCCACUAGAGAAACAUCUUGUGGUCGCGGGGAUGUGGGACGUCAGUUGGCUUUCGGUUCUCUUGGGUUUGCCAUCUUUGGUCCCCUGACUGGCUAUUUGUGCACAUUUAUAGAAAACUUAAACUCUUUCAACUAUCUGCCAAUCGGUAUACAUGCUGUCAUGAUGCUUUUAACAGCUCUUGUAGCUUUUUGCGCCAACGGUAUGCCUCUUAGCCCACCGGAGUGGUGGUGGCACACCAGAAGUGGCAUGUUAGCACUUCCCAUGAGCGCUAUUAAGAGGUAUGGCAGUGAAACUGCCGCUUUAGUAAUUGUAUUGAUCAUCAUGGGUACCUUCUGGAGCGCCAUGGACAGCUAUCUACCUCUACAUUUAGAGAAAUUAGGAGGUGACGAACUUCCAAUUGGUGUAGCUAUGACGGUCGGUGGGGUUCCAGCAUUUCUAUUUCUGUGGAAGUCGGAACAUUUAGUUGAUUACUGUGGUCAUAGUAAUCUUCUUAUCACUGCCUUCACUGUAUAUAUUAUUAGAUUUACAGGUCUAAGCCUUGUGGCAGAACCUUGGUGGUCUCUGAUUUCAGAGACUCUCGAAGUCUUCACACUAGGAAUCAUGUGGGUUACUGCCAUUCUUUAUCUAAGACAUCUUGUCCCACGUCAUUUGACUGUAACUGCUCAAGCACUGCCUGUGAUUGCGCAUUUCUGCGUUGGUCGAUGCACCGGAGCUGUUAUCGGUGCUUAUAUCAACGUCAACGGCUCUGACAUCGUUGGUUCAUUAAGAUUCGUUUACCGUUGUAUGGCCGUUGCUGCCGCGGUCGUUGCUACUUUAUACUUCGUCCUGUAUCACGGUCUACUGAAACCACGGUGUCAUGCACAUACCAUACAAGGCCCGCGACAACCCUCUACAGUUGUGCAGGCUGCUAUUAAGGAAUAUGAAUUGACGAUGAAUGGAAACGGAAAUUAUACACCACUUAGGGUCUAUCACAAUGGUAUGGGCAGAAAAGGUCAAUUUCGCUAUUAAAAAAUUAAAGAAGAAGAGAAGAGAAGAGUGUUCAACGACACUUUAAAUAUCAUGUUACGGUGCUAGUGAUUAGACUGUCGUUGUUAUUGCAAUUAAAACAAAAAAACGUCAUUGUUAUGCGACAUAUUUAUAAAAAGUGAAUUUUCACUGUGCAGCCCUUUAACACUUCUUUACAUUUGAUCGGAACUCUUGCGACGUAAUUGUUACUCUUUGAUACUACCAUGGAUUUCAUUUAUACAAUUUCUAAGAAUUAAUUUGCUAAAAUGUACUUCAAAAUGUCGAAGCGAGAUUUUACUACAUUUGUCAAUACCGAAAUGAGAUUACAGAAUUGAAAAGGUAGAAAUACUCAAAUACUAGGUACACAAGCGAUUUAUUAAUGUCGCCAAAAGCUACGAUGUUUCGUAACUCUAUUGCAUUUCAAUCCUUUGUAUACUCGACUGCGAUCACGUAGAUAUUACGUGUUAUGACGUAUUUUUAAAAAAAAUUUC